GCCAUCGCGCACAGCAGCAAGCUCCGGGAAAGAGAGGAGAGCGCGAUAGUACUUCUUCGUUUGCAACACUCGAUGUGUGAUUUGCCGUUUACGCACGUUGCGACUGCGUGACUCUACUUGCGGGUUAACUUGCCGCCGCCACUUGGUCUCACACACCUGGGUCCGCGAAACCGGGAGUUACGGCGGAGACACACGCAACGCACGCACGCGGAUAGAGAAAAAGAAACAACCACGCGCGCACGGGUUAUAUAUCAACGGGAUACACCAGGAUGAGCGAGAAUGGAGGCGGUGCGGAGAUCGCGGUUCAGGCGGAAGACGCGAACAGGGCGGAAUUGUUCAAGGAGGAGGCGAACGAACACUUCAAAAAUCAAGCGUACGACAAAGCUAUUGAACUUUAUACCAAAGCCAUAGAAUUAAAUCCAACGUUGGCCGUGUACUACGGCAACAGGAGUAUCGCUUACCUGAGAACGGAAUGUUUCGGAUACGCGUUGACGGACGCCUCGAAGGCCAUCGAAUUAGAUAGGAAUUACGUGAAGGGUUAUUAUCGAAGAGCGGCGGCUUACAUGUCCCUCGGUAAGUUCAAACUCGCGCUCACGGAUUACAGGACUGUGGUGAAAGCGAGGCCGAAUGACAAAGACGCGAAAGACAGGUACACCGAGUGUUGCAAGAUGGUCAAAAUGUUGGCCUUCCAGAAGGCCAUCUCGGUGGAGGACAAGAAAAACAUUGCCGACAUGAUCAAUCUUGAUGCCAUGGCUAUCGAGGACGAAUAUACGGGGCCUAAGUUGGUCGAUGGCAAGGUCACUCUGGAAUUUAUGCAGGAACUGUUAGAAUGGUACAGAAACCAGAACAAGCUGCAUCGAAAGUACGCUUACAAAAUCCUGCUUGAUAUUAAAUCGUGGUUCAUGGCACAACCAAGUCUAAUCGACAUAACGAUACCUAAGAAUAGUAAAUUCACAAUUUGCGGCGACAUACACGGCCAGUAUUACGACCUGCUUAACAUAUUCAAAUUGAACGGUCUGCCGUCGGAGACAAAUCCUUACCUGUUCAAUGGAGAUUUUGUCGACAGAGGAUCGUUUUCCGUAGAAUGCAUCUUCACGUUGUUCGGUUUUAAGUUACUAUAUCCCAACCACUUUUUCAUGUCAAGAGGAAACCACGAAUCCGCGACGAUGAAUCAAAUGUAUGGAUUUGACGGCGAGGUGAAAGCUAAGUAUUCCGCCCAGAUGGCGGAAUUGUUUACAGAAGUUUACAACUGGCUGCCUCUCGCGCACUGUCUCAACAACAAAGUUCUUGUGAUGCACGGUGGAUUGUUUUCGCGAGACGACGUGACGCUGCAGGAGAUCAGAGAGAUCGACAGAAAUCGGCAGCCACCCGAUGAAGGUCUGAUGUGCGAGUUGCUGUGGUCAGAUCCGCAGCCACAGAUGGGCCGAGCGCCUAGCAAGAGAGGCGUGGGCGUUCAAUUUGGACCGGACGUCACGCAGAACUUCCUUAGAACAAACUCGCUGGAUUAUAUCGUGAGGAGUCACGAAGUGAAGAACGACGGAUUCGAAGUCGGACACGACGGGAAGUGUAUCACAGUAUUUUCCGCUCCAAAUUACUGUGAUACGAUGGGUAACCGAGGUGCCUUCAUCACACUUAACGGCGAUGACAUGAAACCCUCUUUCACAUCGUAUGAAGCAAUGCCUCAUCCAAACGUAAGGCCAAUGGCUUACGCUAAUUCGCUACUAAAGUUCGUGUGCUAGUGGAACAUCCUUAGUUAUUAUUGAUAAAUAAAUAAUAAUAAACUGAAGUGUGUGUAUAAGUAGCCCAAUCAAAGUGUGCGUAAUAUAUUUGAUAUCAAGAUGGAGAAGGUAAGAAAGGCACCGUAGACUUCUCCGUCAAACGAUAAUUAUUGUAUUCUUUUUAGGAGAUCAUUAACGAAUUCGUACUGUAUCGCGUGAGAUACGACGAGAAUAUUCAUUAUAUAAAUACAUAUAUAUAUAUAUUAUAUAUAGUAUUGACGGGUACAAAAGCGAGAAAGGUUUGCUUAUUUUUGCAACGCGGGAGAACGCAGUUUGGUACGGGUUUUCUUUUCUUUUUUUUCUCAUUCGAGAGAUGAGAGAAAACAAAACCUGGCUCGUCAUUUACUAUGCGAUUUGUGUUCCUUCGCAAUGAAGUAAUAACGCAAGUAAUAAUGCGCGUAAAAAAAAAAGAAAAAAAAAACUAUUUCUAUUUUGUACCCUCAAUUGAUGAGACCAUCUUGUUCGGUAAAAGAUACAUCUCUUACAUUACACACACGGUACGAACACACACACACACACACACGAACAACACACAUGUACACAAAGAGAACAGAGAAUCUUGAUCUCAGAGAUCUCUCCAUGAAGAGUUUUAACUUAUAUAAUACACUAUUUAUAUAUAUACGCAAAGUGAAUUGCAUAUGUAAUCUACGUGAGUUACAUAUACGUGUAACGUGAAAACCAAGUUGCAAUACAAAUUACUUGAUUGUUCGAACGACCAAUCGGUGGGGGGAUUUUGGUGGAGAACGACGAUUUAUUAUACACAGAUGAUAUACAUAUUAAAAGCAAUUUAGCAUAAUUAUGUAGUACAACAACGUUCCAAGCCAAUCGCCGCACCCUGUCACGUUAUUUGUGACGAACUUUUUUACAAAUCCAUCGGAGGGAUUUCUUUGAUCUCUGACUCACGUUUGUUUUUUUGUUAAUAUAAAAUAAAAAUGAUG